UAGAGUAGACUGACUCACCAAACUUGAUUGAACCCAGCUUAUUCUUGCAAGAACAAAGCACCCACCUCUUUUACAAGCUUGUUUUCACCCUCUCAAAAACCAGCCAAACCCACAUAUUUGUAAUCUGAGUAGGCAUACUGUGUUAAUGAUGGCCAGUUUUUGUAAACAGCUGAAAGCCUUGCUAUGGAGGAAUAUUUUACUUAAAAAGAGAAAUCCCAUCAUGCUGCUUCAGGAAUUACUCUUCCCCGUUUACUGUGUUGGCCUCUUUUCCGUGCUGAAAAUUUUAACGCAGCAGGACAUCAGACCAGCUAUAAGAUUUCCUGUCGUCAAUCUUAAAGAUCCACAGUUAAAUAAAGUAUUUUAUUCAAAAACUGAGAUCUAUGUUGUACCAAAUACAGAAAAGGUAAAAAACUGGAUGGAUGACAUAUUUAGUCAGCUGCCUGGAAGUUUGAGGUACCAACUGUUUGCAACUGUAGAGGAGGCUGAAGCUGCUUAUCUGGAAGCCAGCUCUAAUGUCUUGGCUGGAGUUGUUUUCCAUUUUACUUCAAACACUUACUCUUAUGCUAUAAGAAUUGGCUACAGUGACUUUCCUGGUCAUGCUUUUACUACUGCAGAUUUUUGUCGCAAUCUAAAAGAUGGUGUUGAUACAAGCUCUACAUGCUAUGUUCACAGUUAUUUGACCAAUGGGUUUGCUGCUUUGCAAGUUGCCAUAGAAAAUGUUUUGCUGAAAAAUGCAGGCAUUACGGUUAAUCUUAAAUCAAGGGUAAUUCAACUUCAACUGAUGCCAAAGCCGAAAUUUAUACCAGACACAAAACAUUUUCAUGCCUUUGCUUCCAUCCAGUUUGCUUCUUCAUUUAGUGCAUUGGCCAACUUUCUUGUUGUCAAUAUUGUGGCAGAGAAGGAAAAGAAAAUCAAAGAAGGAAUGUUAAUGAUGGGCUUAAGAACCUCAGUUUUUUGGUUAGCCUGGGGCCUUAUAUAUCUAAUGCUGGUCAUCCUGUCUUCUGCAAUGAUUAUUGCUUUGAUAGUUGUGAGUGGCUUUUUUACAGAGAGCAACAUUUUCAUGUUGUACAUCUGCUUUUUGCUUUAUGGAUCUUCAAUCAUCACAUUUGGCUUCAUGCUGACUCCAUUCUUUAAGAAAUCAAAAGUGGCAGGGCUUUUUACCUGCUUCUUGACAGUCGCCCUUAGCUUUCUACACCUGCUUAUCAAAAAAGAGCCUGGCAACUAUGACUCUAGCCAACCAACGUAUGUCCAGUGGCUGAUGAGCUUGCUGUCUCCUGUUGCUUUUGCCUUUGUAAUUGAUCAGGGAGCUUACCUAGACAUUUUCAAGAAUGGAUUUGGUUUCGAUGACUCUUUAACUUUUGGAAAAUUUCCUCUCUAUGCCCCAAUCUUGAUGCUCGUUGUGGACACCAUACUUUAUUUAAUAUUAACAAUUUAUUUUGAUAAUGUUAUUCCUGGUGAAUAUGGAGUCAGAUACUCUCCAGUUUACUUCCUCAAGGCAUCCUACUGGUGCUCAUCUACAGUUAAAGAAGAGUCACUCAGACUUAUGAGCACCUCAGAGCACAAAUUGCUGGCGCAUGAUGUAGAGCCUAUUGCUAAAGAUAUGGAAGAGAAAGUUGGGUUAAGGAUAUCAUCCUUGACAAAGUCAUAUGUCAAAUAUUUUCCUGAGCUAAAGCGCGUGACUGCAGUAGAUGAUUUUAGUUUAGAUGUAUAUGAAAGUCAAAUUACAUGCUUACUGGGUCACAAUGGAGCAGGAAAAACUACCCUUUUAAAUGUGUUAACUGGAGUAGUGUCCCCUAGUUCAGGAACUGCAACUGUAAUGGGUUUGGAAAUCACAAAACCAAAAGAGUUGGAGUAUAUUAGAAAUCUUUGUGGCAUAUGCCCACAGACCAAUAUCCUUUAUGAUGAACUGUCCUGUGCUGAACAUUUAAAGAUGUUUGCCAACAUUAAAGGAGUUCCUGAUCAUCUUAUCAAUGAACGUAUUGAGUCAGCUUUGAAGGAUGUAGAUUUGUCUGACCAGACUCACACAUUUGCUAAAAAUCUCAGUGGAGGCCAAAAGAGGAAACUCUCAGUUGCUAUUGCAUUUAUCGGUGACCCAAAAUUGGUAUUUCUGGAUGAGCCAACAGCAGGCAUGGAUCCCUUCUCUCGUAGACACCUUUGGUCUCUUUUAAAAAAGAAAAAAGAAGGCAGAGUUAUUCUUCUGACCACCCACUUUAUGGAUGAGGCAGACAUCUUAUCAGACAGAAAAGCUUUCAUACAGAAUGGUAAGCUACGCUGCUGUGGAUCUUCUAUGUUUUUAAAGAACAAAUUUGGUAUAGGCUACCAUUUGACGAUGGUUAUAGCCCCUGAAUGUCAAGUUGAUAAAGUGACAUCAAUGCUGACUUCUGUGAUACCCAGCACUAAACACCAAAGAACUCAUGGGAAAGAAGUUGCUUACACUAUGUCACUUAACGAUGUGCCUAAAUUUUCAAAAUUGUUUAAAACCAUUGAUAGGAAUAUGAAACUGGGAAUUGAAGGCUAUGGAGUAUCUAUGCCAAGCCUGGAGGAAGUUUUCUUAAAUCUAGAAGGAGCUGAGCUGGUUGAAGGUGAUAAAGGAGAGAUGACCCAUACAAAUCUCAGCCACAGCCUGGCUAAUGAUGCCACAGAAGUUGACAUACAGAGCCCAGACGAUGUUGACUUACAAAUUUUUAAACCAACUGUAAAGGGCGCUAGUUUAUCUUUACAAAGAUUUAAAGCAUUGAUGAAGAUUCGUUUCCUUAUGGUGAUGCGCAGCUUCACUGCACUCAAUAACCAAAUUGGUGCUCCUCUCGGCUUUGUGGCUUUUGGUCUGUUAAUUGCAAAAGAAUCACACCAGUUACCACCACUGGAUAAUCCUGGAAGUAUGGACCUUACUCAUUAUAUCUAUAUUGCACCAAGACCUAGUUUCCUGGCACUUCAAGCACCUGUGAUAUAUAUACAAUUACAAAUACCAGCACUACUGGUCUAUGAUGCUGUUGAUAACGCUGUUUCAAAAUCUGUAAUCACAGAUUUGAAAAGACGAUUUGUAGUGGAAAGUUAUCCAGCUAGCUCAAAAGAUUUAGCUGCAGUAGCUCCACAUCUUCUUGGGAUUCAAAUCACCUCACUCACACCAAAGUCUCUGACUGACUUUGUGAUAAUCUACAAUGACUCAGCAAUACAUGCCAUCCCUGCUGGAAUUAGUUUAGCCACAGACAUCACCCUGAGAAUGAAUGGUGAUAUCCACACACAUAUCCAAGUGUAUGUUCUGCUUUGGCCUAAGAUUCCAAACAAAUCAUUGGCCGUAGACUGGAAUAAAGACACCAUGAUUUCUAUUAUGUUUGUUGGCCUGGCUUUUGUAUUAGUGCUUCCAGGGUUUGCUGGGGAUAUUAUAAAGGACAGAGAGUUGAAGCUAAGAGGACAGCUGCGCAUAGCUGGGGUAACAUUUAACCAAUACUGGGGGACCAUUUACCUGGUGGACAUUUUAAUUUACCUCAUACCUUCAGUUAGUGUACUCAUCAUUGUGUUGGCUAUGCAAGUACCUGGGUUUAACUCACAGGGCGCAGUAAUAGCUACGAUCCUGUUGCUAACUACCUACAUACCACUCAACAUAGUGAUGGUGCUUCUCAUCUCCUUCCUGUUCAAUAAAGCUGAGCAGUGCUACUCUUACCUGCCUGAGAUUUUGAUCUUGAUAUCAAUGCUACCUUACACUGUUGUGUCACUGACUGAUACACCACAACUCAGCCACUGGGCAACCGCUAUUCACUACAUUUGCUGUGUUUUUGAUCCUCCAUAUAUUGUCUUUGGAGGAUUUCACUAUAUAGUUCGGAUAUAUAGAAUUGCUGAACAAAAUAAAGAAGAGGUCUCCACGAGUGAUUACUUUAAGUUUGAAAACCAUGUUCUCUUUGCUAUUGUUAUUCCUUUUGUCAAUUAUUUUUGGAUGUACAUCCUGCUUUGUGUAUUGGAUAUAAAAAAGAAUGGAGGAGAUAUCAAGGAUGCUUUCCCCUGCCAUCCUAGUUCAGUUAGUGAAGCUCCUGUCAGGAACACAGACAGCUACCAAGACCAGGAUGAAGAUGUGAGAGCAGAGAGGAUGAGAAUUGAAAACCUAAACACUAGUGGAGCUAAGCAACCAGUGGCCUACACCUAUGAGCUUAGAAAAGAUUAUGUCAAGAGAACAAACAAAACAAGCCUAUGCAACACAACCUCCAUGAAAACAAAAACAGCAGUGCGUAACUUGAGCAUUGGUGUGGAUGAAGGUGAGGUCCUGGGUCUGUUGGGACCCAAUGGAGCUGGGAAAACAACAGCUCUCAGUAUGAUCAUAGCAGAGACAAAGCCAACUUGUGGCCAGGUAAUUGUAAAUGGCCACAACAUAAGAUCCCACAUGCUGUCAGUGAUGGCUUGUCUAGGCUACUGUCCACAACAUGAUGCAUUGUGGGAAACUAUCACACUUAAGGAGCACUUAGAGUUUUAUGCAGCUGUCAAAGGGGUUUCCUCCAAACAUAUUGGAAAAGUUGUGAACUAUUAUCUAGAAAAUAUGAACUUAAGGCAACAUAGAAAUAAACAAGCUUUAACCUUAUCAGGAGGAACCAAAAGAAAGUUGAGCUACCUUCUAAGCAUACUUGGAUCACCCCAGUUAGUUUUAUUGGAUGAACCAUCAACUGGCAUGGACCCUCAAUCUAAACGGUUUUUAUGGAAUACAAUCAGUGCUGACUUUAAAAACACAAACAGGGGAGCUAUACUGACAACACAUUACAUGGAAGAGGCUGAUGCCCUGUGUGGACGUGUGGGCAUCAUGGUCAACGGUCAGCUUGAAUGCCUGGGUUCAACCCAACACCUGAAGAACAAAUAUGGCAGUGGAUAUUAUCUUGAUGUUAAACUUGCAGGAAAUGUUUCAUCAGAGAUGGAAGUAUGCAUGGAUGAUCUUGAAAAUCAUUUGAAAACUUUAUUUCCAGGUCUAGAAAAUGUUGAAAGGUUUCAAGAAAGAGCCCAGUAUUCUAUACCCAAAGAUGAUGUGAAAAAUUUAGGCGUAACAUUUAGUCAUCUUGAAAGCUGUAGAUCUACCCAUGGGCUGGAAGAAUACAAUUUUAGCCAGAGUACACUAGAGCAGGUUUUUCUACAUUUUGCCAAACUUCAGACGGUUGAAGAUGAUGUGUAUGCUAGUGAUAGACCCAAACGUUUGUCUAUACAGAAGUGAGCUGGUUUGUCUUGUCCCACUGGUCGUGAUAUGUCAACACCUGGUGGCUCUAUCAACACCAGAUGGUAUCAACAUACCUUCAUUGUGUUUUACAACACCAGAUUGUAUCAACAUCAGACCAUGGUCUUGUUUCAACACCAAACUGUACCAACACUAGACCAUGGUGUUGUACCAACACCAGAUUGUAUCAACACCGGAUGGUAUCAACACUAGACCAUAGCUAUGUACUUUACUUAACAUUAUUAUUUGUUGGAUAUUAUUUGUUGGAUACUCUUGUCUCAAAUAAUGACAUGAUGCUUUAAUUUUUUGACAUGUAUUAAAAUGAAUUCUGUCUUUAAGCUUUUUUUAAUCUGCAAUAUAAUCUUGAGUUGUGUCCCCUAUUAUCCUAGUAGUAGUGUUGAUGACUUGAUGUAUUAAAUGAUAGAAAAUUACGCACUAAACAUCGAUAAUUUACUGAUUAACAUAACUACGUCAAAUCAAGAUGACACUGGAAGUUUCUUAAAAUUUGUUUUCAGCUGGUCAUAUAUUUACUUUUUGUUCGCUUCAUUUUGAAAAGAAUAUUCUUGUACCUUUUAUGAGAUCACACUGACUAAAUAAACUCCCCCAUACAUGAAUCUCUUCCCACUGUUUAGUAUAGAGGCAAACGUUUUUUUUUUAAAGUAAGCCAAUCUUUAGUUUUGAAGUUGAACAACAAAUUGUCAUGGAAAAGUUUAUUUUCACUGUUAUUUCCCUUUGCUUGUUUAUUCCUUAGUGAAAAAAAAAAUAUAGCACCUCAGUUUAUAAAUAUGUAUUGCCGCUGAAUUAAACAUUUCAAUUAUUUAUAUGAGUUCACUCAUGGUAAGUAUCUCAACGUGUAAUACUAAAAACAAUUAUUUUUAAGAUUUUAUAAAAAUUGGAAUACAUUUCAUUUGUAAUUCCUCGAAAUAAAAAAAAAAGAUCUACCUACCUUAUUGUGCACGCGACCUUUGCCACAUAAAUCAUUAACUCAUAUAUCUCUAACACUCAUCUCAUUGUUUAAAAAAAAAGUUUCCCCCUAAUUUUUAAUUUGUUUAAAUGUCGUGAAUGAGUAGUAA